AUAAAUAAAUUGGAUGCACAACGGGAAGUAUCACAAAGUUAUACAAUUCUUGCAACUCGUGUGUGAUUUUAAUAGGAAUAUAUAAUUAAAAUUACGUACUUAUCAUAUUUAUUAUCAGUAAAAUGUUAACAGUAAAAACGUUAUUUGCCGAAGUCACUCGACGGGCUUUAUUUACGUCGGCUGUAUGUGAUGCGGCUCGCAAAGGUACUCGCGAGAAAGCUCGUAAGAAGAAAGUUAAAGUGGAAGUUAAAAAAGUGGGUUUUAUACCACACAAUCAACGUUCAAAAAAGAUUAAUAUACAACGUUUCGAUAAACAUAUAAGUGAUUCUUGGAAGCAGAUACCAAAGGAUAACGUGUAUGUUAUGAAAUAUUAUCAGCGACCAAUUUAUAGUGUCGCAGAGGCUAUACAGUGCCAUAGAGAAACGCAUCAUCCUACAAUUUAUAAUGUUCCAAACGCGCCGUUAGAAGUUAAUAUUCAACUUAAUAUGCAAGCAGAGAAAAGCACACGAUUUGUAGAUAACUUUCAGCGCAUUGCUAUGAUAGAGCAUAAAUUCAAUCAUGGCGAAGAUCGUAAAAUUAUGGUUUUUACGAAAGGCCAAAAAGAAAUUGCUGAAGCUAGAGCUGCUGGUGCUGCCCUUGUUGGUGGAAUUGAAUUAAUUAAAGAUAUAACCGAUGGAGAACUACUACUCACUGAUUACCAGUUUGUUAUAGCACAUCCCAACAUACUAGCUGAAUUAGUUGCAUUACGUGGUUUAAUGAAACGUAAAUUUCCAAAUCCUAAAAGUGAGACUUUAGGCACUAACUUAGGUGAAAUGAUAACAAAAUUUUCAAAUGGCAUAAGUUAUAAAGCUGUUAAAGAUGAACAUCAACAGAAUUUCGCAUUAAUUGCAACAAAUGUUGGUACCUUAGAUAUGGAAACAAAAUGCUUAGAAGAAAACUUAAGUGCAUUACUACAGGACGUAAAUUCUGUACGUCCAAAACGUGACGGCAAAUUCAUAACACAAGUGUUUCUAAAAAGUGCGCCUAGUAGCGAAUUGUUAAAAAUUAAUCCAUUUUUGUAUGUACCAGAAUUAUAUUCAAAAUCCGGCAGCACGCAUUCAACUGUUCAAUCUGAAGCUGAACUUGAAGAUACAAACGAAGACCAACAAUUAGCCGCUGUUAAUUAAUGGCAAAUAUAUGUGAACUUUUUGUUAAAUAAAGUUAUUUUUAAUUUAAUAACUUCUACGA